AUGGCUUCCCCUGGAAACUCCCUUCCUCUAGUAAAUACUUCCCGCCUUGCAAGUCAGAUUCAAAAACCCGCUAAUGUCUCGGAAGUUGAAGAUUACCGGUCCGGCUAUCCCAGGCUCACUGCACUCCUCUCUUCUCAUAGUCCCUAUUUCAUAUGCAGAUCCUUCACUCGCCUUCGAGCUCGAGUUCUCCUGUUGAAACAGGACAGACUCUCUGUCCUGGAACAAAAACUGGAUCAGCUUGAUGAGCAGGAAUCCUCCCACUUGUUCCUGGGCAAAAGCCGGAGUGAUAAAAACUUGGAUCGGAUGGCACUACUGUCCGAAGUCGAUUCUUGCCUUACUGAUUACGAUAGCUUUCUUGAACGGACUCACCGUACAUUGGGGCUCGGCCCUCCAUCUCAAAGGGAUGUCCAGGCUCUGCGAAAUUGGCUUGAUGGCACAGGCGCGGUUGCUAGAGAUGAGCGGGCAUACCUCACACACUUCCAGGAUUUAGUCACUGUGGCCCCCACUGGCGAUACGGCCGUGGUGCGCUUAGAAACCUGGGUUGAGGACCAGCUGAUCCGCUACUACAGCGGUUUCCGAAAUGGGCCUUAUCAUGAUGCUUCAAAUGACGCAAACGUAUAUAUCUAUUCAGGGUCCUUGAUCAGACGAGCGGCUAAAGCACUACUCUUAUUCAUGAUCACAAUGCUCCUUUUGGCUCCAGUCAUUCUGUGCAAUAUCACCCACAGUGUGUCACUCCGAGUGAUUAUUAUUAUGGCAUUUACCAUAUCAUACCUCCUCAUUCUCUCGAUUCUAGCGAAAUCAAGAACAAUGGAGCUUAUUAUUGCAGGGGCAACGUGA